UAAUACUUUUAAAAAACACGGAGGCAGUACGUAAAUAAUGUAAUACGGAGUAUUAAAAAAAUAUAAAGGGCCAAGAUACGAGAAUGUAAGGUUUCCUUCCAAUCCCCAUUUCUCUCCCCAAAAUCCCCUUCUCUCUUCUUUCCCCCGCCACCCCUCUUUGCCUUUUUCUCUCUCCUUUCAUCCUUUCUACACAAAAACCUUCAUCAAAUUCCAUAAAUCUCUCAACAAUAAACCAAAUCAAAAUCACAGACAAAAUCAAUCAACCAAAAAAAUGCAUAGAUCAUCGAGCAAUACAAGAGUAGCAGAUGAAUAUUACAGAAAUUCAUCUUCCUUCUUUUCAUCUUCUCCAUUACCAAUCGAUGGUGAUGCAAAUGGGAAUACCAAUGCAAAUCUUCCAGUUUAUAAUCCUGGAUCUCACCCCGCUAAGAAGGAGAAAUCUCGCCUUAGAUCCGCUGAAAAUGCUAUUCAUCUUAUCCCUCUUGUUCUUCUUCUUUGUGCUGUAAUCCUUUGGUUUUUCUCUAACCCAGUUGACGUUAUAAGUAACAAGCCUGGUUCGAUUGCUGCAAGAAUUGAAGGUUUGCAGGCUGCUGGGGCUGUUGGCAUUGAUGGCACUCAGAACACUGUGCACUUGGAGCUUGAAGAACAUGAUUUGUUGCACCAGCAUCGGACAAUUGAUAAAAAUCACUCAAUAUGAAUUCAGACGGAUAAAGCUGUUGCGCUCUUUUCACUCAUGGAGAUCUGUAGAACCAACUGAAGCUCUGUUUGGUUGAGGCAAGCAUCCAUCCUUUUAAAUUCUUCGACCAGAAGAUAGUUAGAGAGAUGCAGAGUAGAAUCAAAUAUGUUUAGAUGAGAGUUUCUGUGAUCAGCUACUCUUUCUAAUAUUGCAGCUGAGAGUAUAGGUUAUAUACAUAUGUAGGUGGAAGAUUAAAUGUAUAAAUUUAUGGUAAAGAGCUUAUUAUAGCUCGUAUAAUAUUUAUAUUAUUGUUGA